CAAUUUGGAACAUGAAGAUUGUAAUUCUGCUUCUUUCUCUCCUGGGACUGACAUUCUGUUUACCCGUCAAUCAAUUUGGUAGGCGCUUUGCUACAAGCAACAGCAGAGAAAUAUUACGGCUGAUGCAAAGGUACAGAGCCCAAGGAAACAUUCCGCAGCAAACACAGCCAAGGUCAAAUCCUGGGAUUGGACUGCCACCAGCAAAGCUGGUUCCAGAUCAGCAUCCAUUAGCAAACCAUAUCCCCAAUGAGAUUCCUGCAAUUGAAUGGCCUUUUGGAAAUUACCCCAUUUUAACUGCACAAAACCCACAGGAACUGGGAAGUCCUACCGUACAGAACUUUCCUGGCUUCAAUGUACUACCAUUCACCCAAAUGGUUCCGAUAGAUAUCAAUUCUCUUGCUCUGCUAUUAGGAGCAUUAUCCACAACACAAGCACAACCUCUACCAGGUGGUGGGUUGAUACCACAGCAGCUUCUGCCACCACCACCAAUGUUUCCAAUUAUAUUUACACAAAUGGGACCUCAGGGCACAGUCCUCAGUUCUGAAGAAAUGCCAACUUCACAGGUCAUGGCUGCAUUCCUCCUCCCUGGACUACCAGGUGGUUUGUUCCCUUCAGGCCAGUCAGGGGCCCUCCCUGAAGAUCAAGAUGACCUGCUUCCAGCAGGGCAAGUAGGGACCAAUCAGGGCAAUCUUCCAUAUCCAGAGAGCACAGCAGCUGGCAUCCAAAAGGGAUCCCCAACCACUGAAGAGGGCCUGAGUGUAGCCCCAGGUGCCUUCUACCCAACCCCCUCUGGUUUCAGACAGCCAGGUGUGGUGACAAAUGAAGUGUUUGUAGAACCAACUGGUGGUAUAAAUAUGGAGCCAAGUGAACUUCGGGAACCACCUACAUCUCUCGUUGGACUUGAUAAUGGCAAAAAUCAGAAGCACCAAAACUUGUCUCAAUUACCUGUGAGAGGAGAUAGCUACAUGCCAAUGACUACCACCGCUAGUAAGCCCUUAAAAGCACCAUAAACCAACGAUGUGUGUCAUUGUGACAAAAUGAUUCAGUUUGACUUUCAAAUACUGAUCCCAAUGUGUAAUAACUGCUUUGGUUUUUUUGAGUUAGGGUGGUAGGAAAGUUAGAUUUAUUAAAAAUAACAUUAGUAGGUUGAAAUUUGGGGAAUUUCCAUAAUCAACAAUAUCACAGCUGAACAUGACUCCUUCAGAAUUGCCAAUGCCUAGAAGCAUCUGAUUUUCUAGCUUUAGAUCUUAUUGAACAGGCAGUUUGAAUUGUGUUAGAAAAUAAAUAGUUUUUAGAAAAGGCUUUUCACAAUGAAACUCUGUUCUAGCUUCACGCUUCUUUGUGAUCAGAUCUUCAUGCAUUCCCUUCACGCUGACAUUCCUUUGCUGUUAGUCUGCUAUAAUAUAAGAUGUGGUUGCUCUGAACUCUAAUGUAUCAGCUCAUACUAAAUGUCUUCAUUGUUCUCCUUUGAUUAUGUUAAUAAACAUUAUUU